AUGUCCUCAAAAUAUCAUCCGGGACACGGACAACGCGAGAAGAGAUCGGGCGGUGGAGGCCCGUCGAGACGUGGAUUCGCACGUCCCGAUGAUUCGGCCGAUGCGCCACGGACAGGGCCACUGAUUCUGGAGGAGAGGACGACUGAGAGUACGAGUGGACCGCCCGUCGAUGAACAAUUGAAAGUUUUCAAUAAUCCAUAUGCUUCAUUGAAUAUUCAACAACAGAGGAUACGGUUGCCGAUUACAAAAAAUCGCGGUCACAUUCUCUAUAUGUGUGAAAAGUAUCGAACGGUGAUCAUUGUUGGUGAGACUGGAUGUGGAAAGAGUACCCAGGUACCACAAUUUCUUCUGGAAGCCGGAUGGGCGGCCGAUGGACGACAGAUUGCGAUUACACAGCCGAGGAGAGUGGCGGUGGUUACGCUCGCCACACGUGUUGCCGAAGAGAAAGACUGUAUACUGGGACAUGAUGUCGGUUAUACAGUAAGAUUCGAUGAUGUAUCCGAUAAGGACACAAAAGUGAAAUUUAUGACCGAUGGAUUACUGUUAAGAGAGAUUUUGGCGGAUCCGUUGUUGUCAAAGUAUAGCAUCAUCAUGAUCGACGAGGCUCACGAACGGUCAUGCAACACCGAUAUUCUACUCGGACUCCUUCGAAAAAUCAUGCAAGUCCGAAACGAUUUACGAAUUAUUGUCUCGUCGGCUACACUGGAUGCGGAACUUUUCAAGGAUUUCUUCGAGAUGAAUGAGACGAGAAAUCCGGAUAAAGAUACGGCUGGAAUUAUUUCAGUGGAGGGAAGGACUCAUCCAGUUUCUAUUCAUCAUACCAAGACAUCAGUUCCAGACUACUGUCAAUCUACCGUGGAUACCGUAAUCAACAUUCACAAACACGAAAUGCCCGGUGAUAUUCUGGUAUUCCUGACGGGACAAGACGAAGUGGAAGACGUCAGUGAGAAGUUGAGAGAAGAGGCGAGAAGUCUGAGGAAUGUCGACAAGUUGUGGGUCGUGCCGUGUUAUGGAGCAUUGCCAGAAGCUACUGCAGUAAUCCGGGCUCCCAGGAUACGAUUCAAGAAUUUAGGAUCUAGCUACAGUAACCCGAUCCUGGAAGUUUUUGAUCCUGACCCUACAGUACCCCGAUCCUGA